GUUAUACUACUCUUUUGACGACUGUGUUUACCCUCGUGUAGCCCUCGUGCAUCCUCGUGCUGCGUCGCCCAUUAUCAAACAUUGAAACACGAAAGAAAUUUUGCUGAUAAGUGACAUUUUCAUGUGCCGGUUAUGAAUAUAAUUACAAUUUCUUAGAUUUUCUGUAUUAUGGAGCUCAGUCUUUCUUAUCAAGGAUGAUUUAAUCAUUCAGCAUCUCGUUUACUCACAUUUGUUUCAAUCAUCUAUCAGCCAAAAUUGCACGAUGGAUGUAGAAUUACUUCGACCUGGAAAUGUUCCCAUAUCACCUAACACUAUUUUAUGGUUUGAAUUCUUGCUGCAGCCUAAUUUAUUGGAGCAACAUUUGAAGAAACCUAAUCCUGACCCAGUUCCAAGCGAUUUGCUGGUAAGGUUCUUGACAUUAUCUGUAGAACCAGCGGCCGAAGAUAUGCUUGAGAAAACCAAAAAUUUCAAAUGUUCCAAAAGACAUUUAUCUAUGAAAGUUCUCGCUCUUAAAAUAGUCGCAUACUGGAAAUGGAAUCUAGAAGUUAUAGAAUCAAAGCUACCUCUGCAACUACAGUAUGUACUGUUGAGGGAUCUAUUAUGUUUAUUGAGCGAUGACUUCGAUCAGAAUUUAUUAAUACCUGCUAUGCAUCAUACUUUAAAUUUCGAAAUGUUACGCGACGAACAAAUAUUUGCCAUUAGUUUGUACCACAGAUGGACUCUUCAUAUUAUCAUCAACAGUCCAAUGUUAUCCAAGAACGUACUUUGUAGCACUACACCGAAUGUGGAAUCUGCUGACGAAAUAAUGUCUAAAAUUAUGGAUGACGAAGGAAAGAGUGAACUAGUGCUACAAAAAAUACUUGCUUUGAAGAAGGAUUACUUCGUCAUUCCAGCAUUCCAUAAUUUCGCGCCUCCUACAGAGCAUUACGAUUUGAUUCUAGAUUGGCCGAAUGGAUUGCGGCUACCUAGCGAUAAGUUCUUUUGUCAAAUUUAUUACGAUCUUGGAAAUUAUAAACUUUACAGAGAACAACACGCUGAAGCUUCGGAAUAUUUCAUGUCAUGUAAAGCUUUGUUCGAUAAAUUAAAGAUGCUUCCACUUGACAGCUCGUGUGAUGGGUUUUGCGAAAUCAAAGAAGAUAAUUUGAAAGGUUUUUGUCGUGCUUGUGGUAUGAUGCUGGACGAAAAUCGAAAUCUAACUUUAGAAUUUUAUUCCGCUAUUCGAAAUAAUUACACUAAUAUUAUUAACGUAUUGCAAGCAGACAAUUUGAGAAAAGAAAUUCCUAUAUCGUAUCGAGAUUCGUUGGAAUUAGAUUUAGCGUCAACUUUAGCUAGUGGCAAGUUCACUGCAACUAGAGAUUUAUUAUUUCAAAUUCAAACACUGAAUGCCAUUCGAAGGCUACUAGAAGGUUCUCCGUAUCCUUCAGUGAUGGAUUACGCUUCCAAGCUAAACCAGUCGCGAAAAGGAGUUGAUAUUUUAAUCAAGGCAUUAAAACCGCUAAUUGAUGUUAUCAGUGAUGAAGAGCGACAAAAAAUACGAUUAUUCUUGCUUACUUUAUCUGAAAAAUGGGACGCAUCAUCAGUUCGUUUAAUUAGCAACGACAAAGAUUUAAAUUUAUUGUUUAUGAAAAAUGAAUUGAAACGAACUAGAUUUGAUAAUGACGAUUUACAUUUUAAAAAGAAAUUGAAUGAUGAAGAAGAAAGACAAGCAAAAAAUAUUAAAAGAAUUGUUACAGGUAAUCUUCAAUUGGAAACAAGCGCUCUAGAGAGAGAAAUAAUUAAAACUUACGAUCCUGUAAAAUUGAAAGAAUUGAUAGUGAAAUUCACCUCGAUGAAUCAUGGGAGAACAAUCACCAGUAUUUGUAAUAAUUGGGAUUUUUCUAACGGCCUUUGUAAAAUUGCUACAAAUUUACCGGUGCCGUUCUUACGCGAUUAUUGUUACGCUGCGUUAGCAAAAGUUACUGAAUUAUUGGAAUUGAAGAAUUACACAACCGCGCGAGAAAUGAUCAGAUCCGCUGAUGAAGAACUAAAAAACCACGGCAACACGACUGCGUUAUCCAGAUUUUCUCAAUUACUCUUAUGGGAAAAAUGGUACGUGGAUAUGAUGGAAUUGCUUGUAUUAUGGCCAGCCAAGAAUAUCAAUUAUCCUGCUUUAUUAAUUUCUUGCAAGAAGUUAAUGAUGACUGCGCAGCAAGGAGGUGAUGUGAGCGUGUUACCAAGAUUACAAAUUAUGGAAUUAUGUGUUCUUACCUUGAUAAAUUUGUCUGAAUUGGAUUACCUGGUGAACACUAAUUUUCAAAAACGAUUUCGAUAUCUAGAAUUGUCAUACGCGAUAGCAUUAGCAUGUUUAGAAAUAAAACAACUGAAAGGCAAUAAGAAAUUCUUGAAGGAUUGUUGGGAUUUAAUUAUACCGACAUUCUUGAAUGUAAAUCUACAACGCAAACAAAUCGGCCAGUUUCCUGAUCGAGAUAAUCCCACCGGGGUUCUGAAUAAAGCAGGUUUAACUCAGUAUUUCGUGAAAUUGAGAGACGUUACUGUUAUAAAUGCAAUAUUUUCGCUGCUGGCACGAUUGCAUAAUAUUUUACGCGACGAACCGAACUUGGAGCUUUAUUUUCAUUUUACGCAAUUGUGGCCACCGAGUGUACCGAACCCAAGCGCUUAUAAUCCAGAAGCUGUCUUGGAAGUAAUUUCUGAAAUGUUGGAUCACGUUUCUUUGUAUCAGCCCGAAAACGUUCAAUGGUUGAAAUUAGCCGGAGAUGUGAAUUUCGUGAAAAGACAUCACUCAACGGCGCUGAAGUAUUAUCUCAAGGCUUUGGUCGCUGCAAGUGAUUAUUUCAUCCGACCGGUUCCAAAGAAUAUUAUAGAAGAUUUUACUUACAAACGUAUGGUUCGAUGCUGUAUGGAAAUUCAGUGUUUUACCCAAGCUGCAGUUCUUUGUCAGUUUUUAGAUGAAGUUGACUACUCCACAGCUUUCAAAUGUCUUUCCGAAAAUGCCACUUCUGAUGCUAGUGAUUGUUAUUAUAACUGUAUAUGGGAUGUUAAUAUUUUAGAGUUUUUGAUUUCUUUACACACGAAACGAAAUCAAUAUAGUAAAAAACAAAAAGCAAUUGACACGGUUGGAUUGCUGGAAUUGAAUAGCAAUAAUAACGAAGAAAUCAAACGAGAAGCUUCAAAUGUGAGAAAAAUUAGGUUUUUACGAGCUAUGUCCAAACAGUAUAUUUGCUGAUGAUUUUCAACGCCAAUGUUUCGUCUUUCGUCGAGGAUAAUUUUUCAAAACUCUCAAUUAUAAAAUAAAAGAUCUCAAAAGAAUUCUUACUAGGUAUUUUAUUUUAAUAUUUAUUUAUAGCUCUUGUGAAAGAGCUUCAUUUUUGUAUUUAUUUUCAUUGUAAAUAAAAGAAUCCAAAUUCAAAA